AUGCCGGGCAUCCUGCCUAUGAAAGUCAUCAAGGUGGGCAACAGCGCCCAGAGUCGCAUCGCCCAAGCCUGUGACCGGUGUCGCAGCAAAAAGAUCCGCUGCGAUGGCGUCCGGCCGACAUGUUCGCAAUGCUCCUCGGUUGGCUUCGAGUGCCGCACAAGCGACAAGCUGAGCCGGCGUGCCUUUCCGCGCGGAUACACAGAGUCUCUGGAGGAGCGGGUUCGUGCGCUCGAGGCAGAGGUCCGCGAGCUCAAGGACUUGCUGGACGAGAAGGAUGAGAAAAUCGACAUGCUCUCGACGAUGCACGGCAACAUUCAUAACGGACCACGGCGGAGGCCUUCAGUCACAUCCAUGGCCACUCCGGUAUCGCCAGAUUCCGCCAAAGACUCGCCCACCAUCAAAGAAGACACCUUCCGAGUCCAAGCUACACAAUUGCUUCUCGGCGUCGAGAAUUCCGACUCAUACUUUAUGGGCUCAUCCAGUGGGCGCGCCUUUAUCGCCUCUCUCAAGCGUAAGAUGCAAGACAGCGGCAAGCCUUGCAGUGACUUUACCCCAGAUGCCUUCUUGCAUAUCCAAGGCUGCACUCCACUCGUUGCCAAGAUGCCGGAGCAGCCAUCAAGGGUCCCCCCUCGGCUCUUUUCAGACAGAUGUGUCAAUGUCUUCUUCCAAGAAUGGGCCCCUCUCUUCCCCGUUCUACAUAAGCCCACCUUCCUCCGUAUCUACGAGGAGUUUGUCAACGACCCAGAGAGAGUCAAGUGCAACUACAAGCUUGCCCAGCUCCAUCUCGUCUUCUCUCUCGCGGGCCUCUCGUCAGAGGCUCCAGACAUCCAGCAAGUUGCUGCCUGCGAGCACCAAUGGACGAAAGCCCUGGAGUCCCUGAUGCUGGAAAACACCAUGAACACAUUACAAUGUCUUGUGCUGGCUCUGCUGUACUGCACCGUCCGAGCCGACUAUCGUCGUCUCCAGCACUAUAAAUGCAUCGCCGUGGGCCUGUCUCACCGGCUAGGCCUGCACCAAAGCCAGAAGCGCUUCUCCUUUGGUGCCUUGACUCUCGAGACUAGAAAAAAGGUCUUUUGGACACUGUAUGCCCUGGACACCAUGACGGCUGCCAUUACCGGCCUUCCCAAGCUGCUGAAGGAAGAGGAUGUCCAAGCCGAGUAUCCAUCCGACACUGACGAUGAAUACGUGACGGAGAAGGGGUUCCAGCCCACACUGCCGGGAGAGUACACGCGCAUCUCCAGCGCCCUGGCUCUGUUUAGGGCAACCCGCAUCCUCGCUCGUGUCCUGGAUAGGGUGUACCCUGCGGCAGCAAGCUACGACUUGUCGCUACAGCAGAUUGGUGCCUUUGAGGCCGAAUUAGACGGCUGGUACGAUGAUCUGCCGGCUCAUCUGAGACUCAACUUUGCUCAGGGCAAGCCGUCGCGAGAUGUCACUGGCAGCCGGUCACCUCUACUGGCACUCACAUAUUAUUAUAUUCGCACCCUCAUCUAUCGCCCCGUCGUUGGCUCGAACCUCGGGCCCAAGGCUGCGCCUGCGCUGAUUUCCAUCAGCGAGUCCAGCAAGCACAUUAUCCAAAUCUCACAGCUUCUCGAGGAGAGAAGCAUGUCGUUUUCCUUCUGCAUGAACAAGUGCGAUCUUCUCGCCGUGUGCGCCCUUACUCUUCUCUACCAGGCUAUUGAUCUGAAGCGUGACAGCAAGCUGUUGCGCGAGGAUGAGCGGCUAGUCAACGACGUCCUUCAGACUCUUCGCAAGAACAAGUCGCCUGGAUUCGUGGAUUUGGAACGAGCCGCGAGCGUGCUCAUCACCGUCACCGACCCAUCAGGGCCAGCGGCGAUGAACAAGCACGUCCGCAAGCCGUCGGUGGCGGCCGGCUCCCGCCGCGCGUCACCCCCGACGAGCUAUCCCAAGCAACAAAACUCUCCGCCACUGGGCCAAUUCCAGACUUCAGCGAGCGAGACCGACCUGACGCGGCACCAAGACAAGCGCUGGAUGGGCAACAUGGCGGGCCUCCAAGGCUCCAACGGAGAGGUUCAACCGGUGUCGUCUCGUCAAUCAUUUGAUGGCCACCGACAGGAACGCCAGCACUCGGCGUCGCGGAUGUCUAGGCUUUCCCCGAACGCGCAAGCAAGGCAGAAUCUAGACUACCUUUCACUCAAUGACACUCCUUUCCCAAACAAACACGCCACAUCUCCCCCAACCAGCAUGCCGGCACAGACGGUUGGGAUGCAGACCAACGGCCAGAACUUUAUGAACAACGGACAGUCAGCCAAGACGCCCAACAUGACUGGUGCCGACUGGGAGGCGCUGGUCGGAUCCAUGGACAGCGGAAUGAACAAUGUGUAUGACGUGAUUUACGGAGGCGCCAGCAUCGAAGCUGCCAUGGCGGGACACUCGACGGGCAGCGAGUGGUCGCCAGAUUCAUGGGACCUGAGCAACUUCAACAUUGGUGAAUUCGGCAACAACCCUGCGCCGCCGCAGAGCGUGCUCAGCAUGAGCGACGAGAGCCUCAGCUCAGGAGAAGAAGUGUCGCCUUCGGAACUGGGGCUGAGCCUGGGAAACAUGGAUUACGGAAAGCAGCUGCAGGGGGUCAACUACCACAACGGCGACGGAUAUUCAACAAACGGGCUGCACGGGCUGUCUCUGUGA